UCGAAUGGAGGAUAUUGCCCCCAACUUUCCAGUGAUUUGCGCCACAAAUUUCGUAGGACAAAUACAAUUAUAAAUGAGCCUUUACUUUCCAUUAUUUUCACAGAGAGAUGGCGAUGAUGAUCAUAAUGUGGGUUUUGCUGUUGUUCGCAGUGAUGAUGUCAUGCUCUUCUGCUUGUUAUACAGAUGAAAGAAAUUCUCUUUUGGAUUUCAAAGAGGGCCUCAACUUCACUUUCUCUUAUAACACGCUGCAGUCAUGGAAGGGAUAUAACUGCUGUGCGUGGGAAGGAGUCGCCUGCCACCCAAUCACUGCCCAUGUCAUUUCCCUGGAUCUCAGCCCUUCCUCCCUCAAUGCCUCCUGGAUUACUGAUGAGUAUUCCUCAUGGCCAUUCAUGUCGUGGAAGGAAAUACGUGGGGGACUAUUCCAUCUGCACCAUCUGGAGCACUUGGACCUCACUUAUAAUGCCUUCUUCCCUCCUCUUGCCAUCCCUUUACAAUUACAUAAGCUCAGCAAAUUGAGGUAUUUAAGCCUGUUGAACUCUAAUUUUAUUGGCCAUAUUCCAAGAGAAAUCAGUAACAUGUUCAAUUUAACAUAUCUUGAUUUGUCUGGUAAUUCUUUGAGUGGCAUCAUCCCAACAUCUUUGGGUAAGUUGUGGAAGCUCACAGUACUUGACCUAUCUUUUAGCUCAUUGAGUGGCACAAUCCCAACAUCUUUGGGUAAGCUGUCAAAUCUUACGACACUUUACCUAUAUUAUAACUCAUUGAGUGGCACAAUCCCAACAUCUUUGGGUAAGCUGUCAAAGCUCACAGCACUUGACCUAGGUUCUAACUCAUUAAAUGGUACAAUCCCAACAUCUUUGGGUAAGCUGUCAAAGCUCACAGCACUUGACCUAUCUUCUAGCUCAUUGAGUGGCACAAUCCCAACAUCUUUGGGUAAGCUGUCAAAGCUCACAGAACUUAACCUAGGUUCUAACUCUUUGAGUGGCACAAUCCCAACAUCUUUGGGUAAGCUGUCAAAUCUUACGACACUUUACCUAUAUUAUAACUCAUUGAGUGGCACAAUCCCAACAUCUUUGGGUAAGCUGUCAAAUCUUACGACACUUGACCUAGGUUCUAACUCUUUUAGUGGCACAAUCCCAACAUCUUUGGGUAAGCUGUCAAAUCUUACAACACUUGACCUAGGUUCUAACUCUUUUAGUGGCACAAUCCCAACAUCUUUGGGUAAGCUGUCAAAGCUCACAGAACUUAACCUAGGUUCUAACUCUUUGAGUGGCACAAUCCCAACAUCUUUGGGUAAGCUAUCAAAUCUUACGACACUUGACCUAGCUUCUAACUCAUUGAUUGGCACAAUCCCAAAAUCUUUGGGAAAGCUGUCAAAGAUCAAAAGACUUUACCUAGAAUCUAACUCAUUGAGUGGCACAAUCCCAACAUUUUUGGGUAAGUUGUCAAAGCUCACAACACUUAACCUAGGUUCUAACUCUUUGAGUGGCACCUACACACUUUCUUUCUUGGAUCAAAUCCCCAACAUUCAAGAAGUGCUUCUCUCAAGGAAUAAGUUGACUAUAAAAGUUAAUGCAACUUAUAUUCCCAAUUUUCAACUUGAGGCCUUAGGUUUGGGAUCUUGUAAUAUAGUUGGGGAUUUUCCAUCCUUCAUUUCCACUCAAUACUCUUUAGAGUACCUAGACUUAUCUCAAAACUCCCUUGAUGGAAAUAUUCCAAAUUGGCUAUGGGAUUUUAUAUACCUUGAUCAUCUCAACCUAUCUUCUAACCAGUUUGAAGGUAGUUUACCCUUCAAACUGCUUGGAUUUGAACACAAUUCUCAAAGAAGCUCAGUUAUUGAUUUACAUAAUAAUAGGUUACAAGGAAAUACCCCCAUUUCCUUGCAAAAUGUGGAGUUUUUGGAUCUUUCAGAGAAUCUAUUUGAUGGAUCUAUUUCAAUAGGAAUUGGCCAGCAUGGACAAGCUCUUAGAUUUCUAUCACUGGCAAACAAUAAUCUUAGUGGUGUUAUCCCACAUUCUAUUUGUGAAUCAAGUUAUUUGGAAGUUUUAGACUUGUCAAAUAAUAGGCUUAGUGGUAAGAUUCCCUCUAGUCUAAACAAAUGCUUUUACUUGUCCGUGUUAAAUCUAGAAAAGAAUGAUUUCAAAGACACAAUUCCAAAUAUAUUUGGUAAUAUGUCUUUUCUAGAAACAUUGAAACUAGGUUUCAAUGAGCUAAGUGGGAACAUCCCACCAUCCCUUGCAAAUUGCAGUGCUUUGGAAAUCCUAGAUAUGAGGAAUAACAAUAUCCAUGGGAGCAUUUCUAGUUGGAUUGAAAGAUUGCAGAGUCUUCACAUCCUAAUACUAAAAUCUAACAAGCUUGUUGGAAAGAUGCCCUCAGAAUUAUCAAAAUUGCAAAAUCUUCAGAUCUUGGAUAUAUCAAGCAACAAUAUUUCAGGCAUUAUUCCAAGUGGCUUCAUGAACUUGAGUGCACUAGCAAAUCAGACAGAGAACACAGAUUCUCUUGGAAUAGAUAGUUUUUAUUCCGGUGUGGCUUAUAUAGAUCACAUCAUCAUUAGAAACAAAGGACAAGAUAUGGAUUUCAUGAGAAAUUUGAGAUUGGUAAAAUGCCUUGAUUUAUCGAACAAUAAUUUAUCAGGUGAAAUACCUUGGGAUAUUGAAUCCCUCAAAGGAUUGAUAAUUCUCAAUGUUUCAAGAAAUCAUCUCAAUGGCGAGAUUCCAAAAUCCUUAGGUAGCAUGGUGCAGCUACAAUCACUUGAUCUUUCUAAAAAUGAAUUGUCUGGAAUGUUCCCUGUUGAACUGCAAAAUCUCACAUAUUUGAGUUACUUUGAUGUGUCCUAUAAUAACCUUUCAGGAACAAUACCACAAGGAGGACAAAUGAUGACAUUUGAUUCCUCAUCAUUCUCCAGCAAUUUAAAUUUAUGUGGCCUACAAAUUAAUGUAUCAUGCUUUGGAAGUCAUCUUGCUUCUCCCAAUGAAAAUGAUAAAAAUAAAGAAGUGCUGGAGGAGGAUGUAUGGUGGGAUAUUGGAAUGGGAAUCGGCUGUGCAUUGGGGUUUUCACUUUUGAUUUGGGUGUUGUGUUUCUCCAAAUCUUGGAGUGCAAAAUGCUUCAGAAUUAUGGAUGGCAUUAUUGACUCUCUUUUUCAAACAUGCAAAAGAAGAUUGCUUCAGAUAUUAUAAGAAAUUUUCUUAUUUUCAUCUACCGUCCAGUUGUAUAAUCAACCAACCAUAUGUCAAUUGUAGUUGUUUCAAUUUGAAGUCAGUUUGGAUGUUAAGAUCACGUACUAACAUUCCCCAGGGCACAUUUUGAGCCUCAAAAAAUGUAGUUUCCCCUUGUUGAAAGUGAAAAAGUACCACCCCAAAAAAAAUCAAAAAAAUCAUUUCCAUAAAUUCUAUCAGUAGUAGUUCUAUCAUUUUGGUAAUUUCAGAGUUAGAGAGGUACAAAGUCAAGCUAUACAGAUGGCGGGGAAUUUCCAUGGAUGUGCACUCAUAGGAGGAUUCUUUAGGAUGCCAUGAACAAAUGUGAUAUAACUCAGGUUCAUUAAAUGAAGCCCCCAUGAUCCAGAACUAGGGAGCAGAAAAGCUGCAAUAUAUUGAAGAGAAAUCUUAUAUUUCACAUUCAGUGGUUUCUCAAAUGAAGAAGAAAGAUGCAGCCUGCUAAACCAUGGAAGCAAGAACAGGCAUCAAUACCGAGUAUCAGUUGUACAUGGAAGAUUUCCCAUCUUUUCCUUUCCAAGAGAUAGAAGUUCACAUUGUUAUUAAGUUGUACAUGGAAGAUUUCCCAUCAUUUAGAAGUUCACAUUGUUAUUA